AAAACAAAUCAACCAAAAAAAAAAGAAAAAAAAUUAAAAGGGUCUGCUCUCACAAAAUGUCUUUCCCCAUUGAUAUAUAGUUUGGCCACAUAUACUCAUCGGGUUGAUUCUAUUUGUAUAGCGUGGGUUUGACAGGUAAGCUUCCUUAAGAUCCUUCCUGACCAUAGUCUUCAGGAUUUCCCUUCUGAUUCUUCUUUUUCUUUUUGAUCGAACUUGGGGUUCUAGGGGUUUUUUUUUCUCCUCUUACAGGAUCAAAAUCUGCCAAUUGGGAAAAUCAACAGUGGGGGCUUUAGGAAAAGGGGCAGAUAGAGAUGGCUAAUAAUGCAGCAGCAUGUGUUGAAAGGGCAACGAGUGAUAUGUUGAUUGGUCCAGACUGGGCAAUAAACAUCGAGCUAUGUGAUAUCAUUAACAUGGAUCCUGGGCAAGCAAAGGAUGCCCUGAAGAUACUCAAGAAGCGCCUGGGGAGUAAAAAUCCUAAGAUACAACUUCUUGCUCUGUUUGUAUUGGAGACUCUCAGCAAAAAUUGCGGGGAGAAUGUGUUUCAGCAGAUUGUUGAGCGUGAUAUCUUACAUGAGAUGGUCAAAAUAGUAAAGAAGAAGCCAGACUUGAAUGUAAGGGAAAAGAUUCUAAUUUUGAUAGAUACGUGGCAAGAAGCUUUUGGGGGACCUAGGGGAAGAUAUCCCCAAUACUAUGCUGCAUAUAAUGAACUGACGUCGGCUGGAGUAGAAUUUCCACCCCGAGCAGAGAACAGUGUCCCAUUGUUUACUCCACCCCAAACCCAGCCAAUAAUUCACCCUACUUCAGUCUACGAUGAUGCAGCUGUUCAAGCCUCUCUUCAGUCUGAUUCUUCUGGCCUCAGCUUGCUAGAGAUGCAAAAUGCUCAGGGACUCGCAGAUGUAUUAAUGGAAAUGCUUGGUGCUGUGGAUCCACGGAAGCCAGAGAGUGUGAAGGACGAAGUGAUUGUUGACCUUGUUGACCAGUGCCGCAAUUACCAAAAGCGUGUCAUGCUUCUUGUGAAUGAUACUGUAGAUGAGGAACUUCUAUGUCAGGGAUUGGCAUUGAAUGAUAACUUGCAGCGUGUGUUGCGCAAGCAUGAUGAUAUAGCUAAAGGUGCUCCUGCUGUGGCAGUAGGAACAACAGAAUCUUCUGCUCCUGUACUUGUGAACGUGACUCAUGAGGAUGAUGAAUCAGAAGAUGAUUUUGCCCAGUUAGCCCACAGGUCACAGGGCAGGAAAUCAGCCAAUGCAAAGCCUGAACCACUGCGAGUCAGCCCACUUAUUCCUCCUCCGCCCUCAUCAAAGAAGCCAACUAGUGCAGAUUCCAGCAUGAUUGAUUAUCUCAGUGGUGAUGUCUAUAAGUCUAAGCCUGAAAGAUCCCCUGAAACAUCAGAACCCACGCCCUAUGCUGUCCCAUCGCAUUCUAACAGUACAAACUCCACCUCUCCAUGGACGCCAGCAUUAUCUUCCUCAUCCCCCCCCUCUCAUUUCAUAAAUCCUACUGCAUCACCCAUGUUCACUGCACAUCCCGUGUAUGAUGAACCAGCUCCAAUGUCAAAAUCUGCCGAUCCACUACCCUCUGCUCCUUGGGAUGCCCCCUCUCCGAACAGCAUUCCCCCCCCACCUUCCAAGUAUAACCAGAGACAACAGUUCUUUGAGCAACAACAUGCUUCUCUGGGAAGCCCAUAUUCAAGUAGUGGAUCCUCCUCUGACAGUUUAGUGGGACAGACCCAGAAUCUGUCAAUUAACUCCUCGUCCACCACGAAACAAGUGAAGCAGGAGGAUGCCCUGUUCAAAGAUCUGGUUGAUUUUGCAAAAGCCAAGUCUUCUUCAUCAUCCAAGCCCAAUAGAUCAUUUUGAGUGGGCGGUUUGUGUGGCGAGCAUGGAUUAUAUAUGGUGGUACAGUUUUAUGAAUACUGUUAGUUCCUCCGGAUUUACAUCAGAUCAUGAGACUAGUUGUUAUUGAAUAAACAUGGAUGGGGAAUUUGGUUUUAGGGUUUGCCCAUGCUGCUUAGCACUCUGCAGGUUACCUUUCGAGAUUUGGGACAUAUUUCUGUUCAUCUUCCACCAUUCAUUUGCUUGUGGCGCUGAGCCUGAGAGGAGUUGUUGGUGAACCCCAUAUUGGUAUAAAUAGGAGUUUAUGGGUGUAUUAUAUGUGUUGUGUUUGAUUAUUAAAUAGCGCCUGGUUGAGGUUUCUGUUUGAA